UGUGCUGUUUACUUCCUGGGCUUCACUUCACUUUCACAAGCAGUCUUCUGGUAUGGCUAAGAUUUAACACAUGCAAACAUUCAUACAUAGUUUUGUCUGAAAGCGAAUGCUUCUUACAGUUUUUACACCUGACAUUAUUAUAUCUUGCGUUUGAUUAUGGACUCGUUAGGAUCGUGAAAGUGAAGGAGAUCCUGUCUAAAUGGUUUAUGUUAGCAUUAGCUGCUUAGAGUGGCUGACCAAAUUGGAGACAAUUUGUUUAGCGAAUUGCUAAGUCAAAAUUUACAGUACAUUCAAUAACACUUUUGUUAUUACAACAUUAUUAACCCAAAAUCAUUAUCUAAAUCUGACUUAAAUAGUGUUCAUGUAGGUAGCAAGCAGCAGUUCCUUCAUAAAUGUUGCAAAAUAUGGCUUUACAUCAGUGUAUCAUCUACUUUGGGGCCCAAUUAGUGUUUUACCCCAUCAAUUAAAUCUACACGAAUGUACCCAUCUGAAACAGCUGACCCAGUAAGUCAUUCAUCUGCUAUUGUGGUGAAGCAGCUUUAGAUUGAAGGUGUCAUGGAUUCUGGUGAGGACGGAGGUUGUGUUGGAGGCCCAUCAGGGGAUGAAAACUACUUCCAGGGCUACACCUUCACAGAUCGCUCCCAUUCCAGCCGUGUUGUGAAGAGCAUCAUGGACUUGUGCCUGGAAGACGGGCUGUUUGCAGAUGUCAUCGUGACUGUGGACAGUAAAGAGUUCCAGCUUCACCGUUUGGUGCUGUCGGCUCAAAGCAGCUUCUUCAGGUCGAUGUUCACCUCGAAUCUUAGAGAAGCCUAUGACCGUAAUAUUGAGCUGAAGGACGUCAGUGCAACUGUCUUCCAGUCACUGGUGGACUACAUCUACCAUGGGAUGAUCAAGCUGAGGGUUGAAGAUCUGCAGGACACCUAUGAAAUGGCCGAUAUGUAUCAGCUCACCGCUCUGUUUGAGGAGUGCUCGCGCUUUCUGUCACGGACUGUGGAUGUUAGGAACUGCCUUCAGGUGAUGUGGUUGGCGGACAGACACAGUGACCAGGAGUUGUAUACGGCUGCCAAGCACUGUGCAAAGAUACACCUGGUUCAGCUGCACCAGACUGAUGAGUUCCUGAAUUUGCCAUUGUGCCUUCUCGUGGACAUCAUUAAAGAUGGUGUGCCAAGCUCACAAAAUCCAACUGCAGCUAUCGAAUCUUGGAUCAAUCACAACAAAGUGGAGCGAGAGGAGUAUUCUGAUAUGCUUCUUGACAGCCUGAAGGAGAUUGGUGAAAAAGUGCACAUAUACCUAAUUGGAAAGGAAGACACACGCACACACUCACUAGCAGUGUCUCUUCAUUGUGACGAGGACGACGCCAUCAGUGUGAGUGGCCAGAACAGCCUGUGCCACCAGAUCACGGCUGCCUGCAAACAUGGAGCCGAUCUAUAUGUUGUAGGAGGCUCCAUACCGCGACGCAUGUGGAAAUGCAACAUGCACACGAUGGACUGGGAACGCUGCGCCCCUCUGCCCCGGGACCGUCUCCACCACACGUUAGUGUCCGUGUCUACAGAGGAUGCCAUAUACUCAUUGGGAGGCAAAACCCUUCAGGACACUCUCUCAAAUGCCGUCAUUUGCUACACCGUAAAGGACAACAUAUGGAAAGAGACCACUCAGCUAGACACGGCAGUAUCAGGUGCAGCCGGAGUCAAUUUGGAAGGUACCAUUUACCUUUUGGGUGGAGAAGAAAAUGACAUGGACUUCUUUACCAAGCCAUCUCGCCUUAUACAGUGCUUUGAGACUGCCACCCAGAGGUGCCAGACCAAGCCCUACAUGCUGCCUUUUGCCGGAUGCAUGCAUGCCACCGCUCAUAAGGACCUUAUCUUUGUGGUGGCAGAGGGCGACUCUUUGGUGUGUUAUAACCCACUGCUGGACAGUUUCACGAGGUUGCGCUUCCCUGAAGUUUGGAGCUGUGUGCCAUCUUUAUGGAAAGUGGCCAGCUGCAAUGGGUGCAUUUAUGUUUUUAGGGACAAAUGCAAGAAAGGCGAUGCAAACACUUUGAAGUUGAACCCUGCCACAUCUGUGGUCUCUGUAAUCAAGGGAAUCAAAAUCCUGCUCACGAACUGGCAGUUCGUUUUGGCCUGAGAUGUUGGAUGUAAUGCAUGGGACCAUAAUAAAUGUACUACGGUGAUACCAGUAAUGGUUUGUGACAUUGGUUUAAUAGACGGCAGUCAUGUUGAAGUUGUUACUGUGAUACAGUGGUACGAGCUUUAUAAUGUCAUGUGACGUGUUACACAGUAAGACAAACUUGAAGUGUUAAUGAAGGCCAGAUUAUAAUGUAAGAUGUUUUGCAGGCGACCGUCCCAAGUUUGAUAAGCUUUAGUGUGGUAUUAGUUCAAAUUUGUUUGGAUUUCAAAAGGAUUUUAUAUUUCAAUUAACAUUCCACAGUGUGUUUCUGUAAUCGAAAGUGAAACUGAAUUUGUACUUCAUUUGUUGCAUAAGCUGAAUACAUUGAGGGUGUGUGUAUACAGCUGUGGAUUGCAUAUAGUAGCCACCCUCUAAUGAGGGAUGAUAUGCAAUAUAUGUUGUGCUUUAAAUGUCUGCAUAGAUGCACUGAACAUAAGGACAUGUUCUCCAGAUUAACAAUGCAAAACAUCUUCAAGAAAGUUCAUUGUCAGGGGCCGUUUAAAUAAUAUUCGUUACGAAAUCUUUUGAAAAAUGUACACUUGUCAGAAAUCUCAUCCUUCUACUUUUCUCAAUUGCCAUCUCAGAUUUCAUUUCUUGGAGGUUUAAGACUGCUAACUAUAAAUUGGGUUGGAUUCCACCUUAUACUGGUUUGCAAAUUGUAUUCUACAACUGUUUACAUUUUACUUAGUAUCAUCGUGCAGUAUAUGAAGACGCAGUCCAUUUUUACACCUGUCAGAGAUGCAAGUAAGCAUGUUCUUGUUGAACUUUUGGAGCUGGUUCAUAAUAUUGUUACUAAAAAUUACUUUGAAGUG